AAAGAAGCCACAUGUCAAGUUUUUUCGAAUUCCACGUGACCCAAGGUCAAAAGCAUGGCUACAGUACGCCAGACGUCCUGAGCUCCUAGGAAAGACAGCCAAGGAGCUCUAUGAGGGGUAUCGCCUGUGUAGUGAGCAUUUCACAGCCAAGGACUUUUUGGAUCCUGGGAAGACAAGGCUGACCAAAACGGCUAUCCCUACGGUUCGGCCGCAAAUGCUUAGGCCAUCUGUAACAGCCCAAGAAGAACCGGUGGCAACAACAUGCCCCUGUGACGUUCCAUUGGAGGGAAACAGAAUGUCGCAUCCCACAGCAGCUUAUGAAAAGCCGAUGGCGGAACCAAGCCCCGGGGAUGUUCGAAUGGAAGGCAGUGGAACGUCACCUUCGGCAGCUGCUCAUGAACAACCGAUGGCGACAAGCCCCUGUGGUAUUUCACUGGAGGGUACCAGCGCGUCACAUUCCAUAGCGGCCUGUGAGCAAAUGGGGAUGGCCAGCUCUCCUGGCCAGCUUUUGGACCACAGCACUCCAUCUUCGUCUGUUGGCUAUUCUGAAUCAUCUGGAACCUGCUCUGGUCGUUCAACACCUGCUUCCGCCAAGCUCUCAAGGAGGCCCAGGGACGUCAUAAAACGCCUACAAGCAAAGGUUUCCAGUUACAGAAAGACAAUAUCAAGACUGCGCAAGCAACAGAAGCAAAUGCCUCAAACAGCUGCCGAAGCACUUGAAAUGGUGCGUCCGUUUGUGACAGACGAGGUUUUCGGACUUAUCUCGUCACAUGUAAAAUUAGGGCGCAAGGGACGAGGAAAACGGUUUCCACUGUGGCUCAAGAAGUUUGCUUUGCAUGUGGCUGUCGAACGUAAAAAUGACUCCUGGUAUUAUACCUGGUGUCAUGUCCUCCAUCGAAUCUCAAACGCGGUCUUGGAAUGCACGUGA